GCAGGACACGCCUCUUGGCUGAAUGGAGUGCGCCGUGCGUAAAGUCCGACCUGUAGUGGAUCCAAACUUUAAUGUUUCAUUGGAGUUUUUUUUUUAUUUUAAAAACUAAGUAUCAAUUUGACCCCACCGAUCGGUCUAUAGACGACUAAAUGCAGCGAUGACUCAAGAGGAAGAUCUCAUCCGGAUUGCAAAAAAACUGGACAAGAUGGUGUCUAGAAAUAACACGGAGGGCGCCAUUGACCUGCUGAAGGAACUAAAAGGCGUCAAUAUGAGUCUCAAACUUCUCCAGGAAACGAGAAUCGGCAUGUCUGUUAACGGUAUCAGGAAGCACUGCACAGAUGAAGAAGUCAUUGCCUUGGCAAAAGUCCUCAUUAAAGACUGGAAAAGACUUCUGGAGUCUGGCCACUCUCACUCUGAGAAACCAUCUGAGACGAAGAACGGUUUGAACUCCAGCAAAACGGCAGCUUCUCCAAACAGCUCCCCCUCAGAGACACAGAGCAGUCACAGGGAGCAGGAUGUCAAACCAAAGCAUGAUUCAGAUCAUGACAAAAAACACUCUACUAAAAACAGGAAAGAGAAACAGGAGGAUGACUACAAAAUCAAAAAGAGACAUGCAGAUGAGCUCAUGGAUGAAAAGGACCCGGAGUUCCUUGGAAAUGGAAAACAUCUCCAAGAAGCCAGAAAACCAAAACAAACACCUGCAGAGAAUCCCAACGUGGAGGUAGAUAACAAGAAGCAGAAGCAUGCGCAAGACCCACAGAGUGAAAAACACAAGUCGGAACCGAGGAGAGAUAGACCAUUGGAGGAACCGAAAAAGAUGAGACACGUGGAAGAGCUCAAAAAAGAGAAACACCCCGUGGAGCUCAAGAAAUGCAGCUCUGCAGAAGAAAUGAAGAAGGAGAAACACCGAGAAGAAAACAACCACGAGAGGCUCAUCAGCACACCUCAGAGAGAGAGACUGCCGAGCGAACCUCAGAGAGAGCGACCUACUGACACUCACAAGCCGAUGUUUGAAAGGAGAGGAGUGUUGGACAGCAGUAUUCUCUAUCCCACCCGGUUCCCCUCUCCUCCUCGACCCGCUCGGCCUACUCUUCCCAUCAAACGCCCUGCUUUGGACAUUCAGAAAGACAGGAAGGAUGGUAAAGACUCUUCCUCCCGACCUCCUCGCCCUCACGCUCCUCGACCCUCCUCUCCACUGACUAAACGACCUUCUGUGGAAGUAAAGAAAGAGAGGAAAGUUCCAUUGGAUCCAAACGCUCCAAUCGCGCCGCUUCCUCUUCACCUACAUCCUCCUCCUCCGCUAAGAAAAGAGCCUCCUGACCCCAAUGCUCCUCUUCCUCCGCUUCCUCUUCACCUCCACCCUCCUCCUCCUCCAAAGCGGCUCUCGCUAGAUGGGAAAAAGGAGAGAGACAGCAGGAAGGAAUCAACAGACUCGAGGCUUCCUGCGCAGAAAAAGACGUCAGAUCACGUGAAGAAAGACAGGAAAGACUCAGUGGACACCAAAGUGUCUAGAAAACUCUCAGAUGAAACCAAGAGAGAAAGGAAAGAUUCAUCAGACUCAAAACCGCCCCCUCCCAAAAAGCCCAACUUGGAGGUCAAAAAAGAAAAACACAGAAAGGAUUCUUGUGAGGUGAAGCCUGGACAACCUGUGAAACGCCAUUCAGUGGACAGGCGGGAAUCCACUGACUCAAAGAAGAGCAGCUCGCCAGCAGCAAAGAAGCUGACAGGAGAAAGAAGAGAGUCUCAGAGCUCUAAGAAUGCCCAGCCUGGUCCUCCACAGAGGAAGCCCUCUACCGACAGCAUCGAAAGAAAGGGUAAAACAGAAGCCCCCAAAACUCCCACCACCCCCACCAGCCCGAUGUCACCUAGCUUCAGUUCUCCUGGGGGUCCGCUGCCCCCUCAUCUGGCCACUGGAGACUCCAUCAGAGACAAGUGCAUUGAGAUGCUGGCAGCUGCCCUGCACACAGACAAUGAUUACAAAGACUUUGGAGCUAAUUGUGAGAGCAUGGCUGCAGAGAUUGAAGAUCAUAUUUACCAGGAGAUAAAAGCUACUGAUAUGAAAUAUAAGAACAGGGUGAGAAGUCGCAUCAGCAACUUGAAGGACCCGAAGAACCCUGGGCUUCGCAGAAAUGUGCUCGCAGGAAGCAUUGAGUUAAGCCGCAUCGCCACCAUGUCUGCUGAGGAAAUGGCCAGCGAUGAGCUGAAACAGCUGAGGAAUGUCCUCACCCAGGAGGCCAUCAGGGAACACCAGAUGGCCAAAACUGGCGGCACCACCACUGAUCUGCUGCAGUGCGGCAAGUGCAAGAAGAAGAACUGCACCUAUAACCAGGUGCAGACACGCAGUGCUGAUGAGCCAAUGACCACAUUUGUUCUGUGCAAUGAGUGUGGGAACCGCUGGAAGUUCUGCUGAUGCGUCAAAGGUGACCCCCCCCCCCCCCCCCCCCCCCCCCC